UAUACACACACACACACAUUUUUCUCUUAUCUUACUUUCAUUAAUUCCAUUUUUUCUUCCUUGUUUUUUCUUUUUUACUUCCUGCUCCUUUCUGGUUUGAUUGGUGACAAUGACGAUCUCCUACGACGAUUCAUGUUAGCCGACCCCAAAUCAUUUUGGGACUAAGGCUUUGUUGUUGUUGUUGUUGUUGUAUAAAUGAACUUAAAACAAGUAGAAAAACAACGCAAGAGAUUUUACGAGAAAGUUUUCUAAGGCCAAUUGGAAAUAAAACCUUGAACCAUUAGGAUUUCAACUCAAGUUCUCUUCACUACAUGGCAACACUUUUGUUACAAUCCUAUAACGAACUCAAUCUUUACUUGAGUUCCUCUACAAACUCAAGUUUUCAAGUUCCUAAUAGUUGUUCUCUCAAACAACUAUGCUCUUUCCGACCUCGCUAGAAGUAUUUCUUGACUCUUUGACUUCACUCAAAGCCUAUCAGUUUCUCUCAUAGACUUCACUCAAAGUCAACAUGUCAAACUUGUUGAAAGAAUUUAUUCAAACCCUUAGCCAAUUUCUCAUUACAAAAGUUCACUCGAACCCUUGACCAACUCUUAAAUUAAACAGACGUUUAAUAAAUACUAAGAAACAUGGAAUUAGAACUUUAUACGAAGGAACAAAUAUGUGGAACUGACUUUAUAACUCGGAAGAUAAAAUAUUUAGCUAAUGUAAUUCUUUUCCACUAUGUCAGAUAUUUAAUGGAUGAAACUCGUUGUUUUUUUUAUAACCUUCCUAAAUGCCUUGGUCUACUCCAUGAUCUAGCCACUGUAUGUAAUGCAUCCUAGUUUAUAAACAUGAUCUCCGUGUUCCUAAUAUCUAUAUUACUAUACUAAAAGAGAGGAACUCAAUGUGGUGAUGACAAAUGUCACCACAUGAUUGGUCCUCUCUUUUAAUAUUAAAAAUAAAAUUAAAAAAAAAAACUAAGCAUAAACUUUUUAGCACAUCUUUCUAAUACCGCACAUGAUCUUAAACUUCCAGGAAAAAAAGGCUACGAAAUUUAUUUAUUUUUUUAAUAAAGCAACAAAUAUUCACAAAACAAUAAUAUCUCCGAUUCUAAUGUUAACUUUCCAGAAAAAACGGCUGACAAAAAUGUUAAAAAAAUAAUUAAAGCAACAAAUAUUUUGUAACAAAAUAAUAUCACGCAUCAAAUAACAAAACUUCCAGAAAAAAUAUACAGCCCAAUCUAAAUAUAUGCAGCUGCGAGAUUUUAUAUCUCCACUCUCCUAUUUUUUAGGCUAUAACAAAUGGAAACACAAAAAACAUAAUAUUAAUUUUACAUAUUGUUUAGGCGUGAGAAUAAUAACCGUAUUAAAAGAGAGGCUAAUAUUCUAUUUCACAUGCCUAUUAUUCUAUAUUUUAGGCUAUAAUAAUGGGAACAACCAAGAACAUAAUAUUAAUCUUAUUAGAUUUCAACGACUUACACUCAAUUCCAUUCCAAAAGAAAUUUUAAAAUAUCUAUGAAAUCUUCAGCUGUGUAUAGUUAUGUCAGCAUCAAAUAUUUUGGAGAUGAAACUUAUACGACAUCUUUGCUUUUUUCCAAUUCACCUUCUGCAAUAUAUAAGGUAUGAAAUAUUAGAGGUUUAUUAUAACAUAUAUUUAAUCAUAAUUCACCACCAAGCAAACAAUAUAUUCCAUAAUAUAAUAAUCGACAAAAAUAGGACAUUAUGGCCCUAUAUAAAUGAAUUACAGAUUCGGGUUAAAUUAUCACGUAUUAUUCUAAAUAUUAUGGCAUUCACUAUGAUAAAAGAUAUCACUCCCCUAAAAGAAUCAUGGAGAUUGAAGGUGAGGAUUGUGAGGUUUUGGGAACAACCGGAUUUCAAAGACCAUACUGUAAUCGACACUCAUGAAUUAAUAUUGGUGGAUGAGAAGGUAACUUCGUGAUUCUGAAAUUUAAAUUUUGUUUGUUUUCUUAUUGUUGUCGAUUAUUUUUAUUUGUUUGUGUAAAUUAUUAUUGUUGAAAUUUUUAAUAAUAGCUAAUCAUUUACUAUAAUACAUACAGGGCUCCAAAAUACAAGCAACCAUAAACAAACAUCUAUUUGACAACUAUAAGAAUCUUGUGAAAGAGGGCGCGACCCGUAUUAUCUCUAAUUUUUUGGUAAAAAAAAACAGGCGGUCAACAUAGAGCUACUAGCCAUGACCACAAAAUCGUUUUCUUCUACAAAACGAAUGUCAGGGAGUGUGAAAAUGUACAACUUCCACUACAUGGAUUUGACUUUGUGCCCUUCGACAAGAUGCUGAAAAAGGAGGCCAAUGAUGUAUUUUUAGUAGAUGUUAUCGGAGAAUGCACUGCAAUGAGCGACAAAAUUGACACUUCAACCAAUGGAACACCAAAUUACAAAGUGAUGUUCGAGUUAGAAGAUUUAAACAAAAAUACAAUAAGUGGUACUGUGUGGGGGAAAUAUGCUGAACAAAUGUCAGAGUACAAAAAAAAGGGUAUCCAAGGACGUCCUAUUAUUAUACUGCAAUUUGCUAAGAUAAAGAUAUCGAGAGAUCAAGUUUCACUUUGUAAUUCACUCUUUGCGACCAAGAUAUUCAUCAAUGAGGACAUCUCAGAAUUGAAUGAUUAUAAGGAAAGCAUCACCGAUGGGGAUGCUUCUCGCUCACUGGGUAUCACCCAUUUGUCAAGCCAGAAUUCACAUUCCAUAGGAGAUGAGUUUAUGAAAAUGUCUGAACAUAAGCAAUUAGAUGAGAUACCCGAUACUAAUAAGGAAUGCUUUUGUGCCACUGUUGCUACAAUUGUGGGUUUUGAAAAGGAUACCAACUGGUAUUAUAACUCGUGCAAAAGUUGUAACAAAAAGGUUGACUAUGAAGGUGGUGGAAGAUAUUGGUGCAUAAAAUGUGAUUCACAUGUCAAAUCUGCGCCACCAAGGUACAAGGUGACUGUAUCAGUUGAGGAUGACAGUGGAUCAGCCAGUUUUGUCAUGUUUGAUCGGGAGGUUUUUCAGGCUAUACAGAUAUCGACAAUGGACUUGAAAGAUAAGUUAUUGAAGGAUGGUAAGGGUGAUUCAUUUCCAGAGGAACUAGAGAUGCUUUUGGAGAGAAAAUGUUUAUUUAGAAUUCAAAUCUCUAAAUACAAUCUUGAUCAAGAUUGGGAUAAGUUCACUGUAGUAAGGCUAAGUGAUGAUGAAGACUUGAUAAAAAGGAUAAUGAUGUGGAGGUUGAAUCUACUAAUAAUACGAAUACGCCUUCAACUGAGAAAAAGAAGGACCCCACACCUGUUAUAUGUGAUAAUGAAGAUUUUAUUGAGGGCUGAAGGAAAUAAUGCCCUUGGUCCAAGUAUGCAUUUAAUAUUAAGUCUAAUAAAUGCGGUUCAGUAUUAAUUGACAAGUUAAUAAUUCAGUGAGAUCAAGUGAGCUGAAUGCCUAGCUAGAGGUCGCUUCAGUUCAAGUGGAAUUAAUUAUAUUAAUCCACAGCUUACUCUUGACUGAACCCGUAGGGUCACACAAAUAGUACGUAAACGGAUCAAGUAUUUAAUGGAAUUAAAUACUCCAUCUAUGGAUAUUCGUAAUCGACGGAUCUUGGUUUCAGUGGGAGCUGAGAUCAUCACAAGCAAUAAAUGAAUACUCCAGAAACGAUGAUAUUGCCGGAAACGGAAAUAUGGAUCGUAUCGGAAAUAUAAAUAUUAUCCAAGUCGUAGAUGUUGCUGGAAACGGAAACAUGGUACGUAUCGGAAAAUAUUAUCGGAAAUGGAAAUAUUGCCGGAAUCGGAAAUAUUGCCGGAAACGGAAAUAUUGUCAGAAUCGGAAAUAUUAUCGGAAUCGGAAAAUAAUUCCGGAAACGGAAAUAUUAAAUAUUUUUUCGAAACGGAAAUUAAUUCCGGAAUCGGAAAUAUUACAUAUUGUUCGUAUUGGAAAUGAAUUCCGGAACCGGGAAUUUAAUCGGAAGCGCAUCGUACGAAUUAGCAUCGGACGAGGCUUGCUAGACGAAGGCCCAACACGAAGCCAGGUCCACGCCCAGCAAGCCGAGCGCCCAACACGAAGGCCACAAGCCUCGCCAGGCCCAGCGCAAGGAUGCUGGCGCGCGCGCUGAGCGUGCUCGUGGGCUGCGAGGCAGCGCUCAUGCGUGUGGGCCGCAAGGCCUGCGCGGUGCGUGCUUCCCUCGUGGUCGUGCGAUGCUCAUGUUCGUAACGAAUCUUAAUCCUAUUGGAAUUCGUGCAUUGAUUAAAUCCUAAUCCUAAAAGAUUAAAUUUAUUAUUUAGAGUUCUAAUAGGAUUCUAAUUAAUAAAUCCAUAUCCUAGUAGGAUUAUAAUUCCUUUCCAUAAACUCUAUAAAUAGGUGCCUAGGGUCACAUAUUUACAUAGAUACAAUUGAAGUAUUCAAAGGUAAGGUUUUUAAGCAAAAUCAGCCUAACACUUGCAACCCAAAUAGCCGAAAUUCCUAGUAACCUUAAGGGCGAUUCUAGUUGGUCAAGCUUAAUGCAGAUCCGGGCGUGCUGUGGACUAUCUACGGAGGGACGACACUUGAAGUCUUAAAGACUUGUUCUUGUUCGGUUCGGGCGCAGUUAGGGAGGGCACGCUACAAAGUGUAUGCACCUAAAUUAUGCUAUAUGAUUAUGUGUAAAUAAUAUGUUUCCUGGUUUUAUGGUUUUUCCGCAUGAUUUAUGUUUAUUCAUAUGUAUCAUAACCUAACAGUGGUAUCAGAGCCUCUUAUUAUUUUCAUAAUCUAAAUUGCAUGAACAUGGUUAAAUUUUACAAAUUUUCAAAGAAUUAAAGGGGUGAUUAAUUUUCGUAAUUAAUUGCAAAUUGCGUUUAUUUAAUUAUAUGUACGCAGUUUUUCGGCAGUUUCUUCGUUACUCAUCCAAAUCGAGUGAUUUUUGUGUCAAUUCCGCAUGUAAAAGGCAUUCUAAAAUUUUGACUUUUCAGAGGUUUUAGUUUUCGAACCCAGAAUUCCCAAAUUCGAAGCCAAACUAUGACUUUUCGGAGGUUUUAGUUUUUCGAACGCAAAAGUUUGUAAAUUUAAGAUGUUAAAUUAAAUAUUUGCGAUUCUUGUUGAUAAAUCUUGAGUUUUUGAUUGACCUACUGUAUAUGUUUAACAAUUAUGAAUGCCUAGACUUGUUAAUUAUACAACCUAAUUUGUAAUUAUGAUUAAUUUGUUGAAAUUCGAAUAAUUUAGAAUUGAUUUGAUUUUCAUGAUUAAUUAAUAAUUUAAUUAGGUACCAAUGAUUAAAAUCCACCAUAAAAGUUGUUAAUUUAUGUUAAAAUUUUAAUUUUUAUGACCUAGAUUUGAAUCCAUGUUAAUCGGUAAUUAAUUGAUUAAUAAAUUUUCGAUUUUUCGCCCUAAAAUUAUGAAAUUAAUAUGUUUUAUUAAUUUGUCAUUAAUUUUGGAAAUAAAAGUUUUAAUUUUUAUGCAAUUCGCUCAUAAAACUUGCACGCACAAAGCAAUGGACGCUACGUGUUACCCUUAAGGGGUGUUGUAUAGUGCGGGCAUGCGACGACGAGCAAGGGAGCUCGUCGCCCAUGCGGUACGAUGCAACGAGCAAGGGCCAUGGCACACGAGCACAAGGCAGCACGCUGCCCUGUGUCGAGUGCUGUGCGCAUGUGGGCGGGUGGGCAAGGGCGAAGGGCAAAGCGCAAGCCAGUGGCAGACGCGUGUGGGCAGCAAGCGUGCUGCGCCACAGCGCGCGCUGCCAAGCCCAGCAAGCAAGCAGACACAAGGCGACGAGCAAGCGGGCGCGCGCAACGUGGCCUGCAGUGCUGCGUUGCGUGUGGCCUGCAGGCGCGAUGAGCGAGCAAGCGCGCGCGCAGCGUGGCCUACAGUGCUUCGUUGCGUGUGGUUGCUUGCGUGUUGCUGUACGAACAAUCAAGGGGCGCUAAGCCUCGUGCACUCGAUGGGGCUUUGGCGCAAGCCCAAGUGCCUCGUCGUGUCUCGAUUGAGUCGUUUCGAAUUUAAUUUUGAAUUUUCAGUUCGGAAAUAAUUUUAAUUAAUUUUAAAAUUAAUAAUUUAAAUUGUUUUCUCGGAUUUUAAUUUUGAAUAUUAUAAUUAUUAUAAAUUUUAUUUAUACUAAUUAUUUUACUAAAAUUAAACCUUGAAUUAAUUUAAAUUCGUUUAAUUCAACUGAAAUAAAUUAAAUUAAUGGAUUCGAUUAUAAAUUUAUAUGAGCUUUAAAUUUUAAUUAAAUUUGUAUGUUUCCGGUUAAACUAGAAAUACAUUUUUAUGUUUAAAAUUAGUAAAGCAUAUGAAUUUAUUGGUUUAAGUGGGAGCAUUUUUAGUCAUAAACUCUUGAUUAGGUCUACAAAUCCUUUAAGGUUAAACAACUUGAUUAGAAUUAAUAAGGACUGAAUAAUUGGUGGAUUAUUGGUGCCCUUGAUUAAUUGCUGCAAAUACUUAUGUGAUGCACUAACCAGCUAUGUGGGCCAUUCAUGAUAAUGAAUGGAUGAAUGAUAUAUAUUGUAUAUGUACUGUUUUGCAGGUUAUCGAGUGACUAGUAUGGCCCAAAUAGGAUAGAAAAUAUGGUUUGCGUACCAUUAAUUUGAAUGUAAUUGGUCUAAUGCACCAAAUUUGUUUUUCAAUUUAAAUAUGGUCUGCGUACCAUCAAAUAGUUGUAAUUAGUUUAAUUAUAGCUUAUCCUAUUUGAAGAAAAUGACGCCUCCCACGGUGAAAUUCAAGACGGAGUUUUCAAUCCAUUUUCAUGACGGACUUUGAAGUUGAAGAUUCAAGAUGAAGUCGGGCCAUACUAGAUCACAUUUAUCUUAUGCAUGCUUUAAGUUAUUUAUUUCUAAUUAUGCAUGAGAUUGUGGCUUGAUUAUGUUGCAUGAUUAAGGAUUUUAGUUCACUUAAAAUCUAACCAACAUAGUAAGAGCCUUAAGUUCCAAACUUAAAAAUUGAGUUAAAAGGUGCCAUGCCAAAAUAAACACUUACUUGGAUAUCCUUUACAUCAAUCUAGUAAUAGUUUUCGCUCAGCGAGGUGUUACUUAUUGGUCCUAAAGGGGUAAGGUACACAAAUAAUUGUGAGUACAUGUUAGUUUUGGUGAAACUCAACGAUAUAAGUAAGGAGUCCUUUUAUGUCGUGGAAAAAUCGAUAUGUUUACCUAAUAAGUUCUUAGACGUACCUAUCAACCAAGAGUAGUUUCUAGACUAUUAGCAAAAGGUUUUUGCUUACCUAAAAUGUUUUAGAAUUGAGUCAAAAUACAUAAUGUGCUUAAUUCUUCAAUGGUUUUAGGGUCUUGGAAUCAUUUUAUUCACACCUGCCGGAACACAUAACUUGAAUAAAAUGCUUAAUGAACAUUGAAUUAUGCAUGUAUGCUAGAAUUUAAGUUUAUUAAGAGAAACUGUGAAUGGUUAUUUAUUUGUUUAUUCUUUUCAAUUGUAGUUUUAACUAUGGCAAACAACAAUUCAUUCAACAUUCGGUCAAUUCUCGAAAAGGAGAAGUUGAACGGGAAAAACUUCCUUGACUGGCAAAGGAACUUGCAAAUAGUUCUUAUGCAGGAAGAAAAGGAGUAUGUCCUGGAAGAGGCGAUGCCCGAAGCCGCAGGCGACGGGGUCACUCAGGCAGCCCUCAAUCGUUGGAUUGAUGCCAACAAGGAUGUAAAAUGUCUAAUGCUCGCAACCAUGAGUGCAGAUCUGCAGAAAACGUUCAUCAACUCAGAUGCUUUCACGAUCAUCAGUGAGUUAAAGAACAUGUUCCAAGAUCUGGCUCGAGUUGAAAGAUUCGAGACUCAUAGGCAAAUUCUUGAGACCAAGCUUAAGAAAGGCGAGCCCGUAAGUCCACAUGUUCUCAAAAUGAUUGGUCUCAUUGAGAAUAUGAGUCGGCUGGAUCAGCAAUUCUCUCAGGAAAUGGCUAUAGACACCAUCCUUCAUUCUCUUCAUAGCGGGUAUGAUCAGUUCAAACUGAACUACAGUAUGAAUAGUCUGGACAAAACGCACACUGAGCUUCACGGUAUGCUGAAGACCGCUGAAAAGACGCUCAAAAGUGAUAAACAAGAUGUGCUUAUGAUGCGUGGGGGCAAGUUCAAGAAAUCUAAAAGGAAGAGGAAUGCUAAGAAAGGUGGCAACAAGGCCAACCAGACUAAGCAACCAGCUGGCGCCAAAUCUGAAAAGAGGAAGGUCAGUUAACCCAUUUCUGAAUCCGAAUGCUUCUACUGCAAGAAGAAGGGGCAUUGGAAGAGAGAUUGCUUGAAGCUAAAGGAAGAUCAGAAGAACGGAACAGUCGUUCCAUCUUCAGGGACUAAGAAGAAGUAGAAAGUUAAGCAAGGGUAAAGUCGACCUACGAGUGGGAAAUGGAGCACGGAUUGCUGCAUUAGCUGUAGGAACUUAUUAUUUGUCGUUGCCCUCUGGGCUAGUUUUGGAACUGGAAGAGUGUUUCCAUGUUCCAAGUCUUACUAAAAACAUCAUUUCUGUUUCUUGCUUAGAUGCUAAGGGAUUUUCCUUUUUAAUAAAAGACAAUAGUUGCUCGUUUUAUUUUAAA